AAUUUUAUUAAAUAGAAGAGAGAAUUAACUUUUAAACUUUGACGUGACAUUGACAAACGUUCAAUGUUCAUUAUUUUGAAGAUUUGCGACGUACAUAAAGAAAAAAUAUAAACGAAUUUAAUUUUUGGGUACAAUUAUUUUUCUUCUUUAUAAAAAUAACACAUCCAAAGUAAAUAUUAAAAUGGAAGAAGAUAUUCUUACAACAUUAAAAAUUUUAAUAAUAGGUGAGAGUGGUGUAGGAAAAUCGAGCCUUCUCCUUAGGUUUACAGAAGAUAAUUUCGACCCCGAACAAACUUUAACAAUCGGAGUAGAUUUUAAAACAAAACGAUUGAAUAUAGAUGGUAAUACGGUGAAACUGGCUAUAUGGGAUACCGCGGGACAAGAAAGAUUUAGAACAUUAACACCAUCCUAUUAUAGAGAUGCUCAAGGUGCCAUUUUAGUAUUUGACGUUAGCAAUUAUGCAUCGUUCUCUAAACUAGAGAUGUGGCUAAAUGAAUUAGAAACUUAUUCUACCAAAAGUGAUAUCAUUAAAAUGAUUGUUGGUAAUAAAAUAGAUGUGAAUAAACGAGAAGUAUCUAGAGAAGAAGCCAUGAGAUUUGCCAAGAGACAUCAAACUUUAUAUAUUGAAGCUAGUGCUAAAACAAAGGAUGGAGUACAAUCAGCUUUCGAAGAAUUAGUCCACAAAAUAAUACAAACACCGAGUUUAUGGGAAUCUUAUGCAAUGAACAACAUUCACGUAGGAAAUAAGGACCAUCCGGAACAGUCUAGAUGUGCCGGAUACUGUAAUUUAGUCUAAAUUAUAAUUAUUUCCACCUUUUUAUCAAUAAUAAGUUGAACUUUCUUGUGUUUUAACGAAUACUAAUCACAUUGCUUAUUGGAUGUUACAAAUAAUUAUAUAAACACUAGUAGAUCUACAGGUAUUGGUCACAGCACAACAGCUUCUUCUAUCAGCCUUUUCCUGAUUCCCAAUGCAUCGUUAAGUGAAUCAUUCCAUUGUGGAGUUGAUUUAUUUUUGUUACACUUCUUUUUUCUUAGUAUUUUUCAGUUGUUGGUACCAGAAAAGCUGUCCCUCUAAUUUUUACUUGAGAAUCACACUAAGAAUACAAAAUAAAGUUUUCACAAGGAGUAUUGGUGCAUGUGAGUGUCCUUUCUAUUCCUAAUAAUUUUUUAUGUCAUUACAGAUGAAUAAAAUUCGCAGUUGGUAGUUCAUAAUCUGUUUUAGAGAAUCGGACCUUAUUUUUAUAAGAUAGUAUGAAAACAAUUGUAAAAUAUCGAUAAAUCAAUAUAUUAAUCUCAUUGAAACCUAGUAUAUAAUGUGAUAAGUAACUUAUUUAACCAAAUGUAUCUAAAUAUUCUAAAUAUUUUUUUUAUCAAUUAAUAAAACCGAUUUUUGUGAAAAACUGUUAAUUUUAUUUUUUAUCCAUUUCCACCCUGUUAACAGUUUCUUGAUAAAAAAUAAAUCCUUUAAUACGAUUAUAAAGUCACUUAAUACGAUCUGGACUCAAAAAAGUGGUUCAAAACGAUUUUUUAAUUUCAUAUCCAAGGAAUGAUGGGAAUGGACAAAAAUAACAGGAUAUUAAUAAAUUUUUGUUACAAACAUAAAUCUUAUGUGUUUAAAUAAAAAAAAUGAAAAUGGAGUUAUAAAUGGCGCUAUUUUUAUUUAAAUAAAUGUGGUAAUCACCUCGUUAUAGCAAAUAAUUUCUCUUAUAAUUUACAAGAUUCAAUUCAACACAAAAAUCGGUUUUUCUAUUUUAUUUACAACUAUAAAAAACCUGCUACAAAAUAAACUUGUUUAUUUAA